GACCAAUCAGCGGCCGACGGGCGGCUCCACUGACAGGAGGGGCGCCGCAGCCACGCGACCCCUCGCCGUCGUCGCAUUUAUCUCAUCGCCCGCUGUGAGCGUGAGUACAGCUGCAGCUUGGGCAGUGUUGAUUGGGGUGCGUGUGCCGUUUCACCGUUCAAGAAAGGCAAGAGACCAGAGAGAGAGAGAGAGAGAGAGAGAGAGAGAGGGCGAGGCUUCUUCUGGGGUUCUUGGUUCUUUGCAAGAUUGGCUGCAGUCAUCGCCAUAGCCAUCAAGCAUGGCAUUAGCAGAUGGAGAGGCGACUUCUUCGUGGGAUAGUGACGAUGAGUACCAGAAGUUUAUCCAAAAGAUGAACCCUCCAAGGGUCACCAUUGACAACACAUCAUGCGCAAAUGCUACAGUUAUUCAUGUGGACAGCACCAACAAGUAUGGGAUACUGUUGGAGGUAGUGCAGGUCCUCACUGACCUCAAACUCAUAGUCAAGAAAGCCUACAUAUCCUCGGAUGGCGGAUGGUUCAUGGAUGUGUUCAAUGUGACAAAUCAAAGUGGGCAGAAGAUAAUGGACGAAUCUGUGCUGGAACGGAUAAAAGAUUGCAUUCACAAGUCUAUCGGGCCUGGUUCUUGUUUUCUUCCUUCACGGAGGAGAGCAGUUGGAGUGGAGCCUUCCUCCUACUACACCUUGAUAGAGCUAACUGGGACUGACAGGCCCGGUCUUCUCUCUGAAGUGAGCGCCGUUCUCACAAAUCUGGAGUGUAAUGUGGUGAAUGCAGAGGUGUGGACACAUAACAAACGAGCAGCAGCAGUCAUGCAGGUCACUGAUAGGAAGUCAGGGUUGGCAAUCUCGGAUGCAGAAAGGCUUAGCAGAAUCAAGGAGCGGCUUUGCAACGUGUUCAAGGGGAGUAACAGGAGCCGUGAUGCCAAGACAACAGUUGCAAUGGGGAUAACCCACACAGAGCGGAGGCUGCACCAAAUGAUGCUCGAGGACCGAGAUUAUGAAAGGUAUGACAAGGAUAGGGCAAAUGUCAACCUCAAGUCAAUGGUCUCUGUUGUUAAUUGGCUUCAGAAAGAUUAUUCUGUGGUGACAAUCCGGUGUAAGGAUCGAUCAAAGCUUCUCUUCGACACACUUUGUACUCUAACAGAUAUGCAAUAUGUGGUUUUCCAUGGGAGUGUGGAUACUGAGGGCCUGGAAGCUUACCAUGAGUAUUACAUUAGGCACAUUGAUGGGUCACCUGCCAACUCAGAGGCUGAGAGGCAGCGAAUUAUCCAUUGCCUUGAAGCAGCUAUAGAACGGAGAGUAUCCGAGGGCCUGAAGUUAGAGUUGUCAACAGGCGAUAGAGUGGGGCUGUUAUCAGAUGUAACACGCAUCUUCCGUGAGAAUGGCUUGACAGUCACAAGAGCAGAAGUUUCAACUAGAGGUGACAAGGCUGUCAACACUUUCUAUGUUCGUGAUGCAGCAGGGAGCUCGGUUGAGCUGAAGACGCUCGAAGCUAUACGCCAGGAGAUAGGCCAGACUGUGCUUCAAGUAAAAGGGCACCCUGAUCACCCGAAUGCACCACCACAAGAGUCACCUACUAGGUUUCUCUUCAGCAGUCUCUUCAGACCAAGAUCACUCUGUAACCUAGGGCUAAUCAGGUCCUGAGUUUCGAUGCAUUUGGUCAAUCCACAACUCCACAAGCGUAGGCUAGAAAAUUCAUCACAGUGCUGGCAGUCGCGGGUUCAUGAAUUCAGAUGAAGCAAGAAGCUGUUGUUCCAAGUUUUACAAUGCAAUAAUUCAUCAGACGAAGACCAGUCAUAUGAUGAGGCAUGUACAGAAUCAACAGUUAGUGAAUACAGUAGGUUCUGUAGCAGUAUCCACCAUUGUACAUACAUCCCCAUUUCUAGCGUAGAGCUGUAAAUAUCUCCAACCCCAUCAACAUGGCUGCGUCGAUUACCUAAUAUGAUCUAAACUGUCGUAAAUAUUAUUCUUUGUCAUAUUUUUUGAUAAUAAAUGUUUUAUUAACUCUUA